AUAAGAAGCCAAUUUCAAUAAAUCAGAGCUAUGAAAUACUAUACUUGCAGGCAUUAAAGCCAAAUGAAAUUUUCAUCAAAACAUUUUGAACUGAUUUGAUGUAAAAGUUGUGGCAAAAUCUGUUUUCUUGAUCAAAUCUAUUUACACUUUGUAGAUAUUAACUUUUACUAGAAGUUCUAUAUAAUACUUUUAAGCAAUAACAUAGAUAUCACAUAGCAAGGAAAUCUCUAAUCAAUUUACUUGAUGUCCAUUUAGAAAGCAUUUUGGAAAAAUGUUUAGUUUAUUCAAUUAAACUGGUCAAAUUCAUAAUUUAAAGUGAUUGUCAUCUCAGUUUUCAACCUUGCAUAACAUACCCUCUUAAUUUCAAUUUUCUAAGAGAAUCUCUCCUACAUAAUCAAAAUGAGUCCAUACUUGUCCAUGUUGUCUGACAGAUUUACUAUUCUUAUUACAAUUGUAAUAUUUCUUGCAAUUCAAUCUGAGUGUAAUUUUCCAGCAUCAUCUAAAAUAGAAGGUGAAAAAGCAAACCUGAUUUUCCCAUAUCCAUGUGAUAGCACAGAAGUUACAUUACAGCAAUCAAACAGAUGGCCAUUUUAUAGUUCAACUGAAGGUUUAUCACCAUCUUUGCCUAAAAGUCAGGUUCAAAGACUAAAAGUUAAGAAUAUAAUUAACAAUGGAAGCUGCUCUCUAGAUCUUACAAUAAGGGAUCUCUUGAGAGGUGAUCAAGGGACAUACAUAUUGUUUGCAUAUAAGGAUGGUAACAUACUAGGUGAUGAUACACAUAGGAUAUAUCUUCAGGUAGAUUAUCCUCCUGGUAAUGCCUCAUGUGUUGUAGGUGUUGAUAAGGGUGGAGAUUGGGUAGUGGUGGACUGUACAGCUAAUGCUGGAACUAUACCAGGAAAGAUUGAAUGCUAUCAAGAAGGUCUAUGGAUGCCUCCCUUGACUGACCCUGUGGAGAGUGGCUCUCUAUUAGGACAAUUCAUUCUCAUCAGAAAAUCAGAGCCAGCAUUUUGCUGCUCUUCUAGUCUGUUUGAAGAUAAACCAAGAUGUGAAUGCAAUGAUACUAGUCUGAAUCUAGAUGAUAAUCACAGUAAUCAUCCUUGUCCACUUCCAUCAGAAACUCUAACCACGUAUCAUCCCUCUAUUGUCACUGAAAACAAUCCCAGUAAUAACUAUUCUACUACUAUGUCAACACCUCCAAAUAAAAUGAGAGAAUGCAAUUACAAAAAAACAGUUAUUACUCUGUCAUUUUUCAUGUGCCUAAACAGUUUCUUGCUAAUAUUCAGUCUGUUUUGUCUGUAUAAGUAUAAAAUGAGAAUUCAUGAAAAAAAAUAACCUUCUGCUUACCAAAUGGCAAUACACAGAAAUGGAUCAAUCAAGAAACAUGCAGAAUUUCAGGUUGAAGAUCAAUAAACUACAACAAGUUUUAUUUAGAAAAUACUAUAGAUUUUCAGACCUUAAGAUUAUUCACAGUGAGGGGAAGGACUCGGCUCUAUAUGUCCCUCACUAAUUAAUCAUUUAUAGUUCCAAGCAAUGGAAAUGAAUGUCCAUUUAUAAGGUAAUUACACAACUUUCAAUCAACAACAAAUUUUAUAUUGAUAUAAGAAAAACAAAUUUCAUUAAACAAACCAAAAUAACUAUUAACCUCAACAUCAAGUGGGCUGAAAUGUAAAGAGAAAAUCAAAACCCACGACACUGAAAAUAUAUCAAAUAAAUGGAUUUUAAAGAAGGAAGUUAU